UUUUAUAGAAAUAGCCUCUUUUCGUUUUCUCAAUCCGUUCGUUCUUCCGCAUCUGGCAAGUUCUUUAAUAUUCCAGGUUUAUCUUGUUAUGGGUCCCUUGAACGAUAACGAAAAGAAAGCCUUAGUCAGGAUAAUUUUGAAAGACAACGAUAAAAAUGAAGAUUUAGAGAUGGGUUUUGCUGCUAAAUUGAAAGAAACUAAAGAUGAUUCAGCACCAGUUUUGUUAACAUGUUCUGGCGUCUUUCCACAAGACACRAAACAACAUGAAGAAGAUAAUUUUUUUGUUGAUGAAUAUCUUCCUAAAUCUAAGUCAUCCYUCUUUCCUAAGUCCAAGAAAAAGAACCAACUUAAAAAAGUGACCCUGAUUAAGCAUCAUGAAACUAUGGAUAUUAGCARUGCAUUGUAUGAAGGAGGUAACUCGGACCGUAGUUUCCUAUGCUAUACAUCCCUUUCAGAAGAAGAGAAAAAGAAAAUCAAGAAACUGUCUGCAUAUGUAUUUGAAGAUCAAGAGAUAAUAGAGCUGCAGUUUGUAAACCAAGGAGGAACAUACAUGCUGACUAAUAAAAGCAAGCAAGGCUUUGAUGAGGCGAGAGCGAAAGGUGCACCARUUAUUUAUCAAUCUGACCAAGGAGGGAAUAAAGUUGUUGGUGUUCUUGGCAGUAAUGAYAACUCUAAAGGAAAUCCAAUACUCAGUCCAAUUUUUUUAMAGGGAGGCAUGUUUAAAGUUCCAGAUGCAAGGCCAAGUGCAAGUGUCUGUGACAAUGCAACAGGGCCAGGUCCUAGUAGAAAUCAAGAUACAGAUGAAAGUGCAGCCAGAAGCAGUGGUGCAGAUACUGGUGAUWGUCAAAGCAACAAGCAACAGUCAGAUGAUCGAAGGGCACCAGGAAAUAGUGGUGAUGUAGUACAAGUUGGGCCCURCAGUCAAACAAACAAUGAAAACUCAGCUGACACAGAUGGUCAACUUCAACGAAUCAAUAAUUAUUAUGUGACUAUCAGUGGAAUAGCAAAAGUUGUUACAAUUGGAGACCGAAAUACAGUCGAAAUGAAUAUAGAAAAGAAUCGAAUUGUGAUUAAUGAGAAGGGAACAGAAGAUGCUGAAAAUAACGAUCAAAGUGCUGCAUUUGAUGAUGUUGGUGAUCGAACAGACGAUAGUCAUUGUUCUGUUCAAACUUCUGAAUAUGAUGAUGUCGGCGAUCAAACAGAMGAUAGUCGUCCUGAUGACGUAAUUAAGGGAGUCGUUGCUGAGAUUAAUGGACAAGAUAUAAAAACUGUUGAUUGCAAAUUAUUUGCUAAAGCGGUUGCCAAAUCUCUACACCUAGACAGUACAUCGGUCGAAACUCCAUCUCCGAUAAUUAUGAAGAAUUGUCAAAAUUUGUGUGUUGCUUUGAAAGAAGAAGGAAGACUCGACAUCGUUAAAGAAUUGAAAAUUACAUUACCAAAUGGAAUGACAGGGCCACUUCGACCAGAGCAAACAARGUUUCAAGAACUGCCUGUAAAGGACMGACAGAAGUUGACYGAAGCUAUGUCAGGAAACGACAAGCUAAUAGAGACAUUGGUUACAGAGUUAUUAGUUGAAUCAUCAUAUCAGAUUGCCUACUAUAGAAGAAUGGAAAAUCCUGCAGAGAAAAUACUUGCCAAAUUCUGCCAAAAAAGAAGAUUAUUACUUGGCGAGUUAUAUAACAUUCUUGUCAGAUAUGAUGCUGCUGCAUUGGCUGAUGAGUUUUUGUAAGCACCGUUUUAUACCUUAUACUUCUAAUAGAUACAGUUACAGAAACGCCCGUAGAAACAGGAAUGCAACUUUUGUAGAACAAGAAGACACGUUUCGGAAUUCACCUUUUCCCCCAUUCCCCAUAUUGCUUUGCUUUUUGGAGGGUAACCGUUAAAAAAACUGUUUAAAAUGAAACCUUCUUCAAUCAGAUGUGUUUCUUAUAUCUGCUUUUAUCAGUAAGAUACUGUUUACCAAUUCUCCACGUUCUGAACAGCAAGAACAUGUAUAGACUCACAAAGAAGUGCUAAUGAUUUACAUUACACUUAUUUAAUCUUUGUUUUGUUUUGUUUGUUUGUUUGUUUAUUUUUGUUUCAACAACGUCUUCAAUAACAACAACAAUAACGUCUUCAGCAUUUUGUGGGUUUUYCCCUCUGGUUACGCCCCAAAUCGCAAUGCAUUAUGGGGAAUUUAGCAUCUUACUGAAUAUGAACAAACACMAUGUGACUGCUUGUUCUGCUGCAAUAGAAUACAUCGACGAUACGGCGGCCAUCUUGCAAGGGGCAAAACAAAACAAAGAUGACGGAAAAGAUAUAAAGUUUCGUGUGUUUGUCUUCAUUUUAUGCCAGUGGGUAAAGGUGAUCGAUGUGUCGUCUUAAUUCAUCUUUAAUUGGAWUAUCUUAAGGUGAGCUGUUAAUAGCGAGCUUUAUUUGCACUCGAACGCCCGAUAAAGCCUUGAGAUCCAAGAUAGCCGCGGUAUCGUUGAAGUAGUCCAUUGACUUGAYRCUGUCUACGUUUGUAAAUUUAAUURGCCCUUCAAAGUCCGACAUUGGCAUCGAAGAGAAUGCGCUUGCUUCGUGUAAGUCCUAAUUUUCUGAUCGCUCUCUAUCAGCGUGUCUUUAUUAAUGUCGGAAUCUCGCAAUUUUUGGCAUAAAGUAUAUAGAGUGCCAUAGGAGCCRUGGGCUUUGCCCUCUACUCUUUACCUUUUACACACGUAAACUAAGUGGUUCCAAAACAAGUUCAUUGGUGCACAGAUGACACCAAGUUAUAACUGUCAUUCUGUCCUAAGUCAUCUGUAGACACUGAAUUCGCUGCGCAYGCUAUAAGUGACUGUAUAGCAGAUAUGAGGAACUAGAUAUCUGAUGAGCUUUUGCUUAGCUAGAAUUAAGUACCAGUUCUUCUUAAUCGGUACCAGACAACAGUUAGUUUAGAUAUAGAUAGUAUUUCAGUAGCCAUGUCUUCCCAGUGUCUGUCGUAAGAAACUUAUGUAGCUGGUSUAUGCACGUUAUCAAAGCACGUUAGUUAGUACUUGUUGUUGGUGAACCGCUGCCCGGCUAGCUCAGUUGGUAAGAGCGUCGGUCUGUUGUUCGAGAAGUUGUGGUUCAAGCCUCGGCCGGACCAACACUCAGGGUCUUAAAAUAACUGACGAGAAGGUGCUGCCUGAAUUGUAAUUACAUCUGCAAAUGGUUAGACCUUCAAGUCUUUUCGGAUAAAGACUUUAAACCGUAGGCCCUGUCUAGCUGGUCUACGCAUGUUAGUAAAGUCAAAGCACGUUAGUUAGUA